UGAAGUUCCCUGUGUAAAUACUUGCACCACACAUACCCUUUCCCAGUUAUACGACUUGGCUGAAUUGACAACCCAGAUUUUGACCUUAUUUACAACAUGGCGCUGUCGAAAGUGACGGAUAUGAUUGCAGACCUCCCCGUGGGUGUGAAGACUGUAGGCGGGGCAGUUUUUGCAGGGGUGGUGUUGGCGACUGUUUGGACGGUGCGUAAAGCACGUCAAACCAACAGGAAAUUAUAUCCAAAAGAUACCAUUGUUAUCCAUCAGAUGGGCCGUGGUCCAUAUGUGCCCAGUCUAUCGCCUUUUGCCAUUAAAUUAGAGACGUAUUUUCGGAUGGAAGCUGUUCCUUACGAGGUAGAACAUAGCUUGUACAGACUAAGUAAGAAAACAGGGAAAAUUCCAUUUUUGGAGUACAACGGAGAAGAGAUUCCAGAUAGCGAGUUUAUCCUGGAGUUUCUCAGUAAGGAGAAAAACUUUGACCUUAACAGGGGACUCACUGAAGAACAGAUCGGAAUCGGCAGGGCCUUCCAAAAAAUGGCCGAGGAAAAUACAUACUGGUGCUUUGUGAUAGAUCGAUGGGUUCUCGACAGUACCAAUGGAGAAUGGAAAGCGUUUGGCAUUUCUUCGCUGAUGACGCGUAUAAUGAAGAGAAGUGCACGAAAGAGGCUAUAUCAGCAUGGCAUAGGACGAUAUUCGCCAGAGGAAAUACGUCACAUAAUGUCAGAGGAUCUCAAGUCUCUGUCCUUCUACCUUGGAUCGAAGAAAUUCCUGUUCGGUGAGAAAGCGUGCAAAUUUGACUGUGCUAUCUUUGGGAUUCUGGCGGAAAUCAGAUGGGCGUCAUUUGGAGGCUUUGGAACUUCUGUCAUAAAAGAGUAUCCAAACCUAUGUGACUACUGUGAACGGAUGAAGGAGACGUUCUGGCCAGACUGGGAAAAGUGUAUACAGAAAAGCAGUACUAGAUAGUCAAGAGUUCUCAAUCGACCACUCGUAUGUGGAAAAAUGUUUUAAUAAGAAAGGUUUGAGAUUGUUCAAUGUCCUGUCAAGAGCUAUGUUUAAAUACCAAAAAUUCAAUAUUGUAUUUUGUUCGUGAUUUAAGAGGGAACAGUCUUGUUUGUGUACAUGUAUUGUUGUCAAACGUAUGAUAUUGGUGUCACUGGAGGCACAGGACAUCACAUCGCGCAAUAGUACCACUUCUCAAAUUAGAAGUUGUCCAUGUGGGAAUACUUGUCAGAUAUUUCAUUGUACUGGUUGUUUGAGCAGUACCAUUCUGCAGUUCAUAUUGACGAGAACUCUUAUUCCUGCUGGAUAGCUGACGGGUAUCAACGUUGUGUUAAUGUCUUUGGUAGCGGAAAAGUUAAUGUCGGAAUGUUUGCAUGCUCAUAAGGUGAAAAAUAAAAUCGCCCGUUGGUUAUUCA